GGAUGGUGUGGUGGCGCUAGCGGUCGAUCGGCGGAGUUCCCCAGACCUCGGGGGUCCGCCAGCAGCCACGCAGUGUACCGCAGCCACGCACGCCGACCCUUUCUCAAUUGCAGUAUACCGCAGCAUCGCACCCCGCACGCUGACCGUUUCUCACGCAGUGUACCGCAGCCGACCGUUUCUCGCGCAGUGUACCGCAGCCGACCUUUCUCUCGCAGUGUACCGCAGCCAACCCUUUCUCACACUGUACCGCAGUAUCGCACUCCGCACCGCACCGACCCUGACUGCACAAUGCUGCGCUGCCUCGCCCGCGCCUCGACACCCCGAUCAUGACCGAGUACGACGACUACGGCGUCCCCGUCGGCGCAUACCAGGAGCCGGACAGCUUCACGGGCCAGACGUACCGCACGGCGCGCGCCUUCUUCCUGUACCGCGUCAAGCCGCUCGUGGCGCGCAGCGUGGCCCAGGGGCGAUGGAAGCGGGUGUUUAGCCUGGCGAACGCGCUGGUGGUGGUGUGGUGGAUGGCCGUGUACUGGGGCGAGCGGGCGGCGUUUGACAGCGCGGUGGGGAGCUGCAAUUGGGACGCGUGGGAGGACUGGGAACCCGGCGCAAACCCCCACCGCCUCGUCUUCGUCGCUGACCCCCAGCUCGUCGACCCGCACACGUACCCCGGCCGCCCGUGGCCGCUCAACCCGCUGACCAUCAAGUACACCGACCAGUACAUGCGCCGCGCGUACUCGCGCAUCCAGACAGAAUUGUACCCAGACACGGUCUUCUUCCUGGGGGAUCUGUUUGAUGGUGGCCGCGAGUGGUCGACGCGCACGACCAAGUCGCCCGAGAAGCAGUACCAGCGAUAUGGGGACAGCUACUGGCUGAACGAGUACCGGCGCUUUGGCAGCAUCUUCUUCGCGCACUGGGGCGACGGCGGGACGCGGCCGCGCGCAGGCCAGCCCGGGCGCAAGCUCAUCACCAGCCUGCCCGGCAACCACGACCUGGGCUUCGCAAAGGGCGUGCAGCUCGGCGUGCGCGACCGCUUCCACGCCUACUUCGGCGACGGCAACCGGAUUGACAUUGUCGGCAACCACUCGUUCGUGUCCAUCGACAGCGUCUCGCUGGGCGCGCUGGGCGUGCCGUCGCCGCACGAACUGAAGGACAUCUGGGGCCCCACCGCCGACUUCCUCGCCACCGCCCAAGCCCAGAAGCGCAAGCUCGUCCAGCGCGAACUGCGCCGCCAGCAAGGUCUACAGCCGUACCCGGGCUUCCCGCACCGCGAGAUCCCCACCGACCAACUCGCCCACUCCCCGCUGCCCCACGCCGACACCGACGUCGCCGACUUCCCCACCGUCCUGCUCACCCACGUCCCCCUCUACCGCCCCCCGGGCACCCCCUGCGGCCCGCUCCGCGAGCGCUCGCCGCCCUCGCCCCCCGCGCCCGGCGAAACAUCCCCGCCCGACCCCGACCCGCCAAACGCGAUAUCUGUGUCCGGCGGCUACCAGUACCAGAACGUGCAGACCAAGGACCUCAGCGCCUCGCUCACCUCCCAGAUCGGCCACAUCAGCGCCGCCUUCUCGGGCGACGACCACGACUACUGCGAGGUGGUGCACCGGGGCUACGCGUCCGCCGGCGGCGGCAUCCGCGAGAUCACCGUGAAAAGCAUAUCGUGGGCGAUGGGCGUGCGGCGCCCCGGCUUCGUGGCCGUGAGUCUGUGGAACCCCGUUGAUGCACGGGGCGCGCCCCUCAAGGGCCAGGGGGAGAAGACGCUGCAGACACACCUCUGCCUGCUGCCCGACCAGAUCGGCACGUUCGCGCGCUACGCGCUGCUCUUCGCGCUCACGCUGCUCUUGCUCGCCGCCCGCGCCGCGCUCGUCGUCGCCCGCGUGCUGCCCGCCCCGGCGCCGCCCGUCAGUGCGCCGCUGCUCCCCACCGCGGUCGAGAAACACGCGCACGCGGCGACCUCGUCGGCGGCGGGGGGAGCGUCGCUGAGUCGGAGGACUGCGUCGCCCGCGGACGGGGGUGCGUAUGCAGGCGCAGGCGCAGGAGGAUAUGCGUAUGGGAAUGGGAAUGGCAAUGGGAAUGGAUAUGGCUACGCGCCCGCGCCCGCGCCGCUCCCGCACCACCAGUCCUCCGCAUACACGUUCCCGCUCGUGCAGCACGCGGGGUACACCGCCGCGCUCGACGCCGACGCGCACGCGCAGAAUGACGUAGAUUGGGACCGCAGCAAGACCAAGAAAUCGAAGGUCUACGGCAGCACCACGGUGAGGAAAACAGGCGCGGCGCUGUUCUGGGCUGAGAUGAGGGGUGUAUCAACAACACGACACAAGUCGGGUUUGCAUGUGUGGCGUUUGGCGUUCGGGCUGUAGAGUAGGUGCAUGGAAGCAUGAGAGUAUGGUAGUGUACUGCUAGAAUAGAUGUAUCCGAGGUGUACCGCUAGAAUAUACACAGUAUGUAUCAGAGCACAUGUGCCAGGACCGAUGCGUCAAAGCAGGGCCGGCGGAGCGUGGCUAGUACGGCAGGGCCAGUAUAUCGUAUCAAUCUAGGCACAGCAUGUCCCUGCGUUGUCCACGCCUGCAGGAG